GGCUGAAAUAACUCCUAUCCCCAGAGGACUUGAGAACGAGGGGGUCCCACCCACUGCUGCCCAAGAAGGUUCCCAUUCAUCAUGUCCCACAUUUGGCUACGAGAAUUUGUUGAUCGUCGCCCCGUGAUUCCACCCAGCAUGUUCAUUAAUCAUCAAGGAAAGGACAUCCGAGGCUAUUACCCUGGGCAGCUGGCAAGACUCCAUGGCGAUUACAGUGCCAAGACAUCCCCCAGACCAUUCACAGACUCAACCAUUUCAUCCGAAAGAAAAACUCUGUGUCAACCUCAACUAGACCAACAGACGCUCAUUCAAUACAUUCGUUUUCGAAGCUGUUCAAAGCCUGCUGAACCAUGGUAUAAGGAAACCACUUACCAAAGAGACUAUUCACUGCCAUUUUACAAGAUUGAUGGAGACCAGAAGUUGGCCACAAUUUCAUCAGAUCCUGGGCCACUCAAUUCAUUGCCAGUGCUCCACUGUUGUGAAAAGAGGCAGCUCUGGAAAAAGUGCUUUUAA